UUGCCUAUUGCACUGAGCUCUGAUCGGAAUCUGCCGUGUUCAGAAGCCGUGCGGCUUUUCCGUUUUGUUUUUCGCUGCCCUACGUCGUCGGGAAGAACUGCGGGGAUGUGAACGUUGUCACCUUGCACCGGGUUCAUCUUUUUAGUGAUCUCUUUCACAUGUCCACGUACACUGACAGGUGAUUCCGUUUUCUUAAAGUAGUUGCAAAUGUGACGGCUGAAGCGAAAUAAUCACGGCUGUUUUCAUGUGCUUUUUGUGGCGAAUCGACACUGAAACAGACACUGAAACGGAAGAAGAGUGAGUGUGUGCAGAAAUACUCAUGGACACUGCUUGUCAAGUGAAGUCAGCAGUGUUUUUACCCAACAUCAGACUAUUACUUGUUAUCAUUUUGUUUAAUUUGGGUUAUUGUUGUUUUAUCUACAUUACUGACAAUAAGAGAUGCAAGUCACACUGUGUACAAUAUACUUAUGAGAAGGACAGGAAAAAUUCUAAGGGUACCGAACGUGCUCUCUCGGACUUGCUUGAACCCAACAUCAUUUUUCCUCUCUAUAUUACAAACCGCUGAGUGAGCUGUAGCAAUCGCCUGAUUAUCAUUACAGACAAAAAAGGUCAAAGCUCAUUUCCAGUAUCUCUUUCGUAUCGAUUCAGCGGUAAGUAAAUGCGCAAACACUUCAGAGGGCUCGUAUGGCCACUUAAAGACGCGUAAAAGGGCGUGAACUAGUAACUCUUGCUCGUGAACCCCUACUUCACAGAUUACAUUCCUUUCGACGAGUGAACCUCGACAAUCAUGGACCUUAAAACCGACUCCGACGACAACUUGGACUGUCCUCGACCAGCAACCAUCGAAGUUUUUGCGAGCAGGUCCACUCUCCAUGGCAUCUCCCACAUGUUCAGUUACGAGAGACUGUGCAUAAAGCGAUGCUUAUGGAUUAUAUUUUUCUUAGGCUCGUUGUCUUUCCUCGUGCUAGUAUGUGUAGACCGCAUCAAAUUCUAUUUUCAGUACCCACAUGUCACCAAGCUAGACGAAAUCACAGCUCCGAUGAUGACAUUCCCCGCCAUCACCUUUUGCAACCUUAACGCGUUUCGCUUCAGCAGGGUUACGCGUAACGACUUGUACCACGCGGGAGAGCUUCUUGCGCUGCUGAAUGGCAGAUACGAGAUCCGAGACACUCAUCUGGUUGAGGAGAGUGUCCUGGAGACCCUGAAGAUCAAGGCCGACUUCCUGACCUUUAAACCCCGGCCUUUCAACAUGCGCGAAUUCUAUGAUCGGGCUGGCCAUGACAUCAAGGAGAUGCUCCUGUCCUGCUACUACCGAGGAAUGGAAUGCAGCCCCGAAGACUUCAAAGUGAUCUUCACCCGAUAUGGCAAAUGCUACACGUUCAACUCAGGACAAGACGGUCGGCCUCUGCUCGUGACCAUGAAAGGAGGUAUGGGUAAUGGCCUGGAAAUAAUGCUGGAUAUUCAACAGGAUGAGUACCUGCCAGUAUGGGGAGAGACAGAUGAGACGUCAUUUGAGGCAGGCAUCAAAGUGCAGAUCCACACCCAGGAUGAGCCCCCAUUCAUCGAUCAACUUGGGUUCGGAGUGGCGCCAGGCUUUCAGACUUUCGUGUCUUGCCAGGAGCAGAGGCUGACCUACUUGCCUCCGCCUUGGGGUGACUGCAGGUCCAAGCCCUUGAAAUCUGACUUCUUCACUACCUACAGCAUCACGGCGUGCCGCAUCGACUGUGAGACGAGCUACCUAGUGGAGAACUGCAACUGCCGAAUGGUCCACAUGCCUGGAGAUGCUCCAUACUGUACUCCAGAACAGUAUAAAGAGUGUGCAGAUCCAGCUUUGGACUUCCUGGUGGAGCGGGACAACAACAAGUGCGUGUGCGAAACGCCCUGCAAUACAACACGCUAUAACAAGGAGCUGUCCAUGGUCAAGAUUCCCAGCAAGGCCUCUGCCAAAUACCUGGCCAAGAAGUUCAACAAGACAGAGCAGUACAUUGCGGAUAAUAUCUUGGUUUUGGACAUCUUCUUUGAGGCUUUGAACUAUGAGACUAUUGAACAGAAAAAGGCCUAUGAGCUGGCUGGAUUACUGGGUGAUAUUGGUGGUCAAAUGGGUCUUUUCAUUGGAGCUAGUAUUCUGACUAUUUUGGAACUCUUUGACUAUCUUUAUGAGGUGAUCAAGUACAAACUGUGCCGCCGCAUGAAGUCGAGCCACAAGCGGAGCAACAGUAACGACCGCGGCACCGUGCUGAGCCUGGACGACGUGAAGCGCCACGCUCCCUGUGAAAACCUUCGCACGCCCACUACAUAUCCUGCCAACAUUCUACCUCACCAUCCAGGGCAGGGGAACUUUGAGGACUUUACCUGCUGAGUCAUUUAGAAGAGGAGCUGGUGGGGAGGGCAGGGGGGAGGUGGGCUCCGCUUGCGAUGUACAACCAAAGUCGACGGCAUCCGUGCGCAAACACCAGCCCGACCUGGAGGCCAUGGAAUUUGUUUUCAUCUGGAUGUUUUAAUGUGGGGGAAACCACCAUAUCACUUGAUGAACAGAACAUCGGGAACCAAAACAAUACCAGUAUUGGGAAAAACAGCGAAAUGUCACCUCAAGUUUAGUUUGACAAAUACCAUUCCACAACCAUACAUGAACUUUAAACAUUUCAUGAACAAUAAAAGGAAUUUGGAACACUGCCUCAAAAGAAAACUCCUUAAAGAUGCUUUGGAAAUGUGGAGACUUCUCACACUCCACCCCAAAAUAUGUUAUGUAACACAACUUGAACUGACAUCUAAUCAAAAGGCAUCUUGUGGGCAGAGCCCCAUGCCUUUCUGUAUAUAGCAAUGGCUCUACACUGUCUUAAAAUGAGUGGCUUAACUAGAUUGUUAGAAUAAUAUAGUGCUUAUUUCACUGUCCACGUAACAGCAUUCGUGACUACUGGUGGACUGUGGUUCCUUCCAGUCUCAAUGUGUCUCAUUUAAAAAUGUAUCUUCCCAAACAAUGCAUAUCAUCAGGAAACAUGAGGCUGGCUGUUAGGGGGGAAGGAAGCUGACCAUACACACUUAGCAGUGUGGUUGUACCAUCCAGGUCUCAUCAGGUGACUGCAUGCUUGUAUUUGUCUUUGUAUGCAUGUUUUCUGUUUUUGUUUUUUUUUCAUCUUUGUACUAUUAUUAUUGUUUUAUUUUUUAGUAAUCAGUAUUGCCAAGUUUGCCUCAAUUAUAUACAGGUAUCAGAGGAAAUGUGGCCCCCUCUAUCUCUGUGUGUGUGUGUGUGUGUGUGUGUGUGUGUGUGUGUGUGUGUGUGUGUGUGUGUG